UUCUCAUGUGACUUACAAAAUGGCGACUUCCAGUCGUGUUGUUGACAAUUUUAGAUUUUUCUGCUGCAAAUGUGAAUGAUAUUUUAACAAAGACAUUUUUAUUUGAUAUGGAAAGUGAUGAGAAUGGUAGUGAUUCCUAUUUGUUUAGAAUUGGUGAGGAGAGAAUCCAUUCGAUCCAAAAUCUUUUCAAAUAUUUCUGUUAUCAUCUGCAUAGAGGCGAGUGGGAGUUGUCGCAGGCUUGUGUCGAUCAGUUACAUUCUGAAGGGAUAUGUGUUGGCGUUAACUUAAAAGAAAUUUUACACGAUGUUGUCCAGUUUCCAUUCAGUCGCAGUGAAUCUGGUACAGGACUUGGGUCAUCACUACGCUUGUCAUGGCUUUGUUUGAUGAAAUACAAGACACUACAGAGUGAAACAGAAGAAAGGGAUUAUGAACUGCUGCAAAAAGAUGUAGAAUUUUCUUUGAUGUUGUAUGAAACAUGUAAAUCUAUACCUUCAACAAUACUCAAGGAAUUGUAUCAGUAUCACCACAAUGUCCUGCAGCUUGAGUGUCAGGGUAAUAGUCAGGGGCACUCUCCCCGUAUGCUGACCACACAGCUUCAACAGACACUGAUGUCCAUUCUGAAGCAGAAUCCAGUCCUAGGAAACAGAUUUAUACAGUCUCUACAUGCAAAGUCUGACCAUGAGCAAUACAAGAAGAAUAACAAAGUUUUACAGAUGCUAUACAUUAAAGCCAUCAGCAGUAUUCUGGACAAAAUCUCCAGACCUGUUCACCCAGUUCUUGAUACAGAAGGAACUGAAGCAGAGAGUGGAGGGGAAAGCACGAUGUUAUCUCUGGAUAAUAACCUGCAAACUUUGUAUCAGAUUAUUUCAUUGUUCAAUCCUCAUCCUUAUGAAAAUUACUCAGAAAUUAGGGAGAUCUUUGGCAGAUUUUUGGAACUAUCAGGUGGAGAAAUACCCAAAUUGAAAAGAAAAUCCAUUCUGUCAGGUCUGAUUGGGGGACAUGAUGAUUAUUUGGUACAGGAGUUUCUAAAAUUAGAGCAUGAAAUUUAUGUGAAGACCUUUGCUUUUCCUGCAAAUCUUCGAGAUGAUGAUGUCAAAGAAGAAAUGAAGGUCAUGUUGAAAAUAUCAAAAGAACAGGAUGUAAAAGAAAGAAUGCAUCGAAUGUUUUUGCUUUGUCACAACAACAAAGAGCAUUUCCUUCACUUAGCUGUGAGUACAGCAGUUAUUUUGAUAAAACGUGGACUAUUUGAGGAACUGGGACAGCUUCUAGUAUCAGCAAAGUAUGAUCACUUGAGACCAUUUCUUCUUCUACAUGGCUGGUCUUACUGCCAAUCUUGUCCCCAAGCAAAGCUUUUACUGGAGACCCUGAAAACAGAACAGUGGAAGAGUUCACAUCCAGUGUUAGAGAGUGCAUGUAGUAAGCUGUCUUACCAGAUUGACCUCAUCAAGUGGUGUUUAGAUAGAACCAAGCCACUUUUACCCACAGCUGAGAAGGGCCAAAUGAGUUCACAUCAGAGGGCAGCUGACAUGUUUACUGGGCUGGAAAACCACUCUGUGUUGUAUGUGCUCCACCAAUCCACUCGUCUGGCUUCACUGGAUGAAGAGGAGGUGCUGAACCUGCUACAUAUGAGUCCGCUCCAGAGCAACCCAGAUUCCAGCAAGGCUACAAAAUCUGUGAGAUUUGCAACAGACAAAGAAAAUGAUGAAGUUCAUAUAGAGAGGCGAAGAGAUCUUUCAAUCUACACCGGAUAUUGUGCAAUAAAAAAUGUCAUGUAUGCUGUGUAUUUUUGUGCUGAAUGUACUCAUGAAAAGCUAGUUCAUCCCGUGCAAGAAUCUAAUUCUCUGAGUCCAUUGGAACAUAUGAUAUCAAGCAUGUCCUCAAAUGAUUUGGGCAUGUCUGAUUCGGGUUAUAAUUUUCAGGAAGAUUACACAAAGAAUGUGACUCAGAAACUCCAUAGUGCCAAAGGAUAUCUUAGCAAGUUACAGCCAUUGGCAUUCAGGAUGGAGAUUUUGGAAAAUAUAUUUUCAUUACUAUUUCUUUCACAUGAGGAGAUCCAGGAAUCUUCAGCAAUUUUUGAUUCUGAUAGUGAAACAGAAGAUGAGGAUGAACGAGGAAGAAGUGAGACUAUUGUGGGCCCUCAAAGUCUGAGUCAGAGUUUGUUGUCCGAGGAAAGUACCUCAUCACUUUCACAAAGUGUUGAUGAGAGACCCAUGAGUGAAGAAGUGCCAGAGGAUGUCAGCGGUAGUUUUACAGGUGGCUAUGAUGAACCUUUUGAAGAGAAUGUCCCAGAGGUCAAAUCAAAAAGGCUGGAUAGAUCUGCAAGUCAAGAUAAAAGUAGGAGUACGUAUUUAGAGAGACUGAAUAGUUUAAAGGAGAAAUUAACCCUGCAAAAAGGGGGAUCUGAGAACGGAAGCACAAUUAGCACUGGAAGUACAAGCAGCUGUCGAAAGUUUGGCUUUCUGUGUAAUGAAUAUCUUGUAAGAGACAUUCUCUCAUUACUGAAAGAAUGCCUUGUUGAUCUAAGUUCUGCUAGGUUUCAAAUGAAUGGUAAGGAAAAGGAAACUUCAGGAAAACCAGUGAAAACUCUGAUUGAUAUUAGCCUCGAGGAACCACUUUCACGUCUGGUUCAGUCAAGUGUGGAGAAAGAUGCCUUACACAGACACUUGACCCAGCUACAGCAGUUUGUUAGUGAAGCCCAGUGGAGGUUUCAGUUGGUUUGUCAUGAAAUGAUUCCACAAGCAUUAGGGGAGGUGCUAGCCAAACCACUGCCAUUUUCACUGGAAGAGAAUGAUGAAGAGAUGGCUUUUUCACAGCAACGGAAAAAUGGUCUUAACAAACGAACAAGGAGGAUUUCUUCAUCUUCGAAAGACCCAAGAGAUGAAGAUGGCAAGUCACGAAGAAAGACCAGGAGGAAGCGACAGAGAUCGGAGCAGAAGUCCCGGAAGACUCCCGUUAAACUAGGGAUUAUAUCCACCAUGCUGUCCUCACCAGAAACUCUUCUAAAUAUGUGUAUCCGCAAACAACACUUCAAGCAUGCUGCUGAAGUCAUCAAGCUUUUAAAACUUGAUGACACUCCUCAAGCAAAUGAAGUCAAGUUUGCUGAGAAGUUUUCCAAGUGCUCAAAGAAACUCCAACAGCUACCUGCAGGGCAAAGCCAAGCUCUGAAGCCAGGAAAACUUUCCAUGAAAGGUUUGGCAUCUGUGGCAGCAGCAGGUGUAGCGACUGUGUCUGUGAAUAGUGUAGCAGAGGAAAUUCUGUCAGAGAAAGGCUUUUCCAUGAUUCCGAGUCCAAAAUCAAGACACGUUCUACCAGUGAAAUAUUCCGAACUUUUUGAUCAAAGUAAGGUGCACAUGGUGAUUUUAUUUGACAUGUUGUGCACUUCCUGUAAAACCUGGGAAACUUGUAACAGUCUCAUUGAUAUAAUCAAAACAAGGACAGAGGUUAAACCUCAGAAAGUCUUAGCUUCUAUUGGAGAGGACAAAAAGAAAAUUGAUCACAGAAUCCAUGGAAUUCCUUGUCUUAUCAACAUAUUUGAAUCUUUGCUUCAGCUUGGAGGAGAAAUGGACUUGACUACACAACCAUCACAGAAAGAUAUUUUGGCAAUACUGUACAAACAUAGCAUUCAGACAUUCCUACAGACUGCAACACUUCCUCUUGUGACAGAUGACUGUUUGACAUAUGCUAAUAUGCUAAUCGAAAUGAAAAGGGUCAUAGAGAAGACUGAGUAUGCAUUCCAACUAUAUGGCAAAAUGCCAUUGGAAGGGUACAUCCACAAGGUUCAGAAGGCGAGUCCUGGGCUCAGCCCAUCAAAAGUUAGUCCUAGGAGUAGCCCACGAGAUAGCCCCAGACCCUCUCCCAAACUGGAAGACCACACACAGACAGACAAACCAGUUUUGCACAAUGCUAUGAAACACUUGAUUCAUGUGAUGCAGAAAGAGGUUCCAAAGGGAGGGGUGUGUACCUUCAUGACAAGAUCACCUUCAUCUACAACAGGAAGCAGAGACUAUUUACAGAACCUGUAUGAUCACCUGAAGGGACUGGCCUUUGUUGUUGCUGAGACUGAGACAAAGUCAAGUGAUUCUUUAAUAAUACCCAAGAAUUACUUCCAUAUGUUGUCAGAGGGACCAAUUGAGACCUUGGGGAGAUUAAUGUUUUCUCUGAGAGUUUUCCCAGAAAAGUUGGAGAAAGUGGCCAAGAGACUAAGUUUAAGCCUUACUCAGAUUAUUGUUCAAAGCUGCUGCAGUAACAUCCCAAGUAAACUCCUCUGUAAAGAAGAACCAUGUAGAAAUGCAGCAAAGGUUACAUUGGAAAGGAAGGUGGUUUUCUCAUCAGAAGCACCAGAGGCAGUGGUCAGAAACAUUCUUACUCAGUUGACUCAUCUUAUGAAAGACAUCUCGGCAAAAAGUAAUCCAAGGGGCGUUUUUGACAUUUCCUGUGCCAAACAUUUAGUUGGACUUCCAGAAUAUAGAGAUAUAAUGUUAGGAGUAGAGUCUUUUAGAGAGCUAGAUUUAAAUUUAUUAAAGUCCAGAGCAGAAAAGUUGUGCUUCUAUGGUAAUUUGCAAAACCUGAUGUUCCUUCAUAUGUGCUUGGAUGACAUUGAAAAUUCUACCUCAAACACGGAAGAUCUCAGUGAGAAGAUUUACAGUGAGAUGUGUGAAAUGGAGAAAAUCACACGAAUGCAUCUUUUUUGUUAUACCAUUGGCCAGUUAGGAAGAGUAAGCCUGUUUGAUUUGAAAUUCACGUUGAAUCGCUGUGGCCUUCCACCUGCAUUAGAAUUUGGUGAUAUUCUUAAGAGCAGGAUUUCUGAGCUGGAUGAGUGUGAUCCAUGGAUUGAGUUUGCAUUGUAUCCGGAACCACGACUUCUCUUUGUGACCACAUCAUGCAGUGAAUCCUCUCCUCCAUUACAGGUUCUGAAUCCUGAGCUGGUGAAGUGUCAACUGCAGUCUGCCAUGAGAGAGUAUUUGAUACAUUGGGUUAAGAUUGACCCGACUGAGAGUACAAUCACCCUCCCUGAGCUGCUGAUGUGGUACAGACAUGACUUUAGCAGUGAGCAGGAGACAUACACAGCAGAACAUGAGGGGAUUCUGCAUGUAGUAGAAGGGAACACAUCUGGGCCCACACAGGCAGCACUGAGGGAAAUGUUACAGACGGACACGGUCCAUGGCUUACCAGAAAGCAUUGAUUCAACUGGAAGAAAGGAGCUUCCUUUCAAAGUUCUUACAGAAAGGCAUAAAUACAAUUUCUUGAUAAAGUUUGACAAUGGGCUGAGUAAUUUGAAGUCACCUCCAUCUUCUCCUGGAAUAGCUGUUCUCAAAACACACAGAAGAGUAGCCUCCCUUCCCAAGAAUCUGGACCUGUCAUUUGAACACAGUGUUGGAAGUGAGAAAGAAACACCUGUGAAAUACCAGCUGACACCUCAGACUCUGGAGUACAUCAAAGAUGAGAGCCCUCUGGUGGCCACAUUGGUCAGUCUUGUAUGCAUGGAUGAGUUAGAUGACAUUGAAGAACACCUGAAUGUGGACCAUUUUACCGGCAGCCUGAGAAGCCGGUCCUCCUCAGAAAUGAGUUUGGUGGACAUUAAAAGCUACAGAUAUCAAAAACUGACCAGAGACUAUCCAAAACUAAAAGGACACAUUCUGCAUUAUGUUAUUCCUAUUGCAGGAGCUGAGGAUCCUGAGAUAAUGGGCAGUGCUGACCCCAUCUUAAAAUUCAUUUCCAACAAUAUAUUAGACAGAGUGAAAGUUUGCAUGCUGAAUUUACACACCAGCAAGGAGUUUCACUCUGUGUUGACAAAAUUAUUAAAUGAUCUGACAAAGCAGGGAAAGUGGUCAAAUGUGAUAUCACUUUUAGAGGGCAUUCCAAUUAUGGUUACUAGGCAACAGCCUGAUCUUUGUGUUCUUCAUGAUUUUUCCUUGACCUGUUGUAUUACAAGCAUAGUCAGAGGAAGUACAGCAUUGACCAAAAUACAAACCAAAAAAAUCAUAUACUAUUUGCACAGAUUUUUGGACAAAGAAAUGUUUGUACAUUUGCUGUUGUCUGUGUACAAAAAUCUACCUCUGGAUGAGUGCUGUGAACUUUUUGAUAUGGCAUAUUAUGUACAGACCCACAUAUCUCUCCAUUCAGCUGUAAUAGCAAAGAUGCAGGAGUUAAAGAUGUUUCUUAGGGUAACAGAAUGUUCCAAAACCCUACAGUUUAAACUUUCCAGUGGAACUUCUUUUGAUAUAAUGGACAAAAUAGACAUGGAUAGCUUGGAACAGUUGACAGAGUGGAGAAAAGCUCAGUCUCCCAAACAAGCAAACAAAGUUUUGUCUGUCCUGUUGGAGACUGGAGACUAUGGGACGGCCAGACAGUGGUGUGGUCAUGUUAAUUUUACAGAGCAGAAAUACCUGGGUGUCAUUGAACAUCAACUGUUUACACUUCUGGAAAAUUCCAAGUCAGAUUUAACAAAAUCAUUUAAGAUUUUGGAGGAAAUAAAGCAGUCCAGUGAGGAAGACUGUCGUAGAAUCUGUGAGAAUUUACUGGAGAAACUGACCUAUCAGAAGGACCGUUUGUUUGUUGUGACUUACAUGAUGGAGCACCUGACUGUUGUGUUGACUGAAGAGAGGAUGGAUGAACUUCAUCAAACCCAAAUUGGAUGUAAUAUGUUGUUAUGCAUGCCUGAGAACUUUGUGUGUGACUACUGUCAUUUAGUGGCUGAGCCAAAGCUGAUGCUGGAACAACUGUUGAUGAACAUGAAGGUGGAGUUGGCCAGCACAGCUUUCCAGAAAGUCCACUUUGAGUUAGAGAAAUUAAGAAAUGUAGCCCAGAGGUUUACCCAGCCAGAGUUUAACAAGCUGACUGCUGAAUAUGCAACAAAAGCUUUGGAAUUCAUUGUCAUCCAAUAUGCAGAACCAGAGAAAGCCCGAUGUCCCUCUGCUGCUUCCAAUGCUUCCUCUGACAAAAUUGAGGGAACAACUGACAAAUCGCCGUCUAAAAGAACCAGUUUAACGGAGUCUGUGAGGGUUAGGAGAAGCAUUGACCUCUCAGAGAUAUUGAUAAAGUAUUCCAACACAGGUGUGAAUAGAAUUCCCAUGAGUCCCAACAGAAGCUCUUCCGGGGUAAGAGCUGGCAAGUCUAACAAGUUUGUAAUGCCAGCCGAGCCCCCACCUAAAGAAAAAUGGCAACCAGACAGCUCCACACAAACAUGUAUGGUCUGCCAAGUGGAGCGAUUCAGCAUGUUCAAUAGACGCCAUCACUGUCGGCGGUGUGGCAGAGUCGUCUGCUCUUCGUGUUCAUCAAAGACCUCACCGAUCAACGGUAUGGAGGUCAGGACAUGCGACGACUGUUACGCUCAGUUGUUAAGUCCAAGGAAAGCGGAAGUAGAGAUUUACCAGCAGUCAUCAGAUAACCUGUCAGGGUGCAGUCUGACCUCCAGAACACUGGGUCUGGGCUUUCCCACAAUUCCUGAGGAUGGGGAGGUGGGCAAUCUCUCCGAUGCCAUGCAUCAUUCACAACUAAUCUGGAAACUAAAACCUGGUGAUCCUGAUCAUAAUAAAAUGGUUCGAGAGGAUUUCUAUUAUGAACAGGCACCCAGUACUUCUCUGUGUCUGUCCUUGCUUGGACUUCACAGUAAGCCCCAAAAAUGUGGACAGCUGAUGUUGGACCUCUGUGACAAUCUAUCCCAGUUUCUUAAACCUAUUGCCCCUGGUGUUCCCAACCCAGAGGUGGACUACAGCCUGGUGCUCAGUAUGAUGAAGACUCUGUUAGUUCAUGCUAAGAUGCAGUAUAUUGAUACUGGUGACCCCCAGGGCCUUGUACGUUGUGAGACCUACCAGAGUCAUCUUGACCUGCUCGGAAUACUGGUGGGGGACAACUAUACAGACCUCCCCACACUGCAGGAACUCACGAAGAAAGACUAUGUCAUGAGGAUGAGAGACAAACUGAUUCAAGUGGAACGACUCCACCUAGCUGUGGAGGUCUCCACCAAGUGUGGACUAGACCCAGCAGGUGUGUGGGCAGCCUGGGGAAUGAACUGUUUGCUGAAUGGGGACUUCCCUGGGGCCAGGGAAAAGUUUAGUCGCUGUUUGAAGCCUCUUUCUGAUCGUAAUCAAGUGAUUUAUCCCCCCAAACUCCUGGCAGAUGUGAUUGACUUUCUAGAAUCUGUCCCAUCUCCUGUCACUAAACAUUUGCAGUUAAUGAAGUCUAAAAGAGGGACUUGGCAAGACUUGUUAGCAGAUCCAGUGAUGUUGACGGAGGAAGGAAACACAGACUCCCUGCAGUACCAUGAGUGCCAUUAUUACUUGAAGACGUAUGCAAGCUUCUACACCAUCAUCAACUUUCACCGCAAAAAUGGACGAUGGAUGAAGGCUGUGCAAUAUAUAUUUGAUCAGAAAUGUUCCAAGGAAGUAUUUGUAGAAUCCUUGUUGAUUCCUGCCCUGAAGUCUGGGGAGCUGGGAAAGCUGACAGAUCAAAUGAUAAUGUUGGAUCCAUCCCUGGAAAAGUGGAAUCCGUACCUGACUGCCACCUGUCGACACCUUGUCAAACAUCGACUUCAUAAUGUCCUCUAUGAAUUCCAGAUAUUCAUGAAGGAUUUCAUUCGAGCGGCUAUGACCUGCAUUAACUAUUUUUAUCAGGAAGGAGCUAAUAGCUACCUAGAUUUGUACAUAAGGAUCAGUUACCUUCACACAGCCCUCAGGCACAUGCAAUCUUACCUGGACCCCUCUGCAUGGGGCAGUGUCAGGCGACCUAUUGUAUCAGAGGAGUCAAAGUUCAGUUCUUCAGGUCAAAGUACAGACUCCGUUCGAUUAAUCCAGUCUCCAGAGGAUGUUUCCAGAAACAUAAGAACUGUGUCAAUACAAAUUGAAGUAACAAAAUAUCUGUAUCACUGUCUGACCAACCCUGACCCAGAGACAAAUAUGCCAUCCUCGGUCUUGGACAUCAAACAACAGUACCUCCCCACCAUGUUUGGAAACACAAAAAUCAGGACAGAUCUCGUCAACAUGGUUCUCUUGAGUGGAAAUGAUAUUUCAACAGCAUUUGAACUGUCCUACAAAAUAAUCAAGGAAUAUAAACUUGGUGGAACAGCUAUUUUUACUCAUGUAGCAAGAGAAAUGGCCAAGGCUCAUCGCUACGUGUAUGUUAGGGCACUGCUGGAUUCCAUUGCUAGGGUUGGUUAUAGUGAUGAUGACACAGUGGACGAGAUUGUAGGAGCAUGUAUACUGGUCAUCUCCAACAGCCCCAGUGAGGCUAAAGAAGCUGAAAACCUUAUCAAGUUACUGAGAAAGGAUUCUAAUAAGAUCAAUGCCUACAUACUCUGUGGUAAGCUGCGAUCAGCCUACCUAAUGGCUGUGAAAACAGACCGAGUAGAAGACGUCCAGAGGAUAGCUGGGGCAGCUCAGCGAAUGGGACAAACAGCUGUCAAAAGCAUCUGUACAAAGUGGCUACAACAGAAAGAAAAACAGUGAUUGGGAAGAAACUUCUAAGAUUAUUAUACAAUUAAGCAAUACAAAAUCUGAAAAAUUAUGAGAAAAUUUGAAGAUGUCCAAUUAUGAAUUUAAACCCUUUUCAAGGACAAAAAUGUACCAAUUUAAAGAUCCUGAAUUUUUUUUAACAAAAUCUAAAAAUUUUCACUAGAGGGGAUCCAACAUGUAAUUGUUCUGGUGGGAGUGAUUUCUAUUGGGAUAGGAUUUUUUACAAUGUUUUUACAGUGGAAAACGAUGCUCAAAUUCAGAACACAUAGUUUCUAUAGCUUUUAUUACUUGCAAUAGAUUUGGAAAUUGCUUUGAAUAUUAAAAAGUAAAAUAUCGAUCAUAAUUGAAAAUAUGAAUCUGAUAAGAUUUUUCUCUCAUCCCUUUUAUCAUAAUAUUUUGGGUGUUCUGCUUCUGUCACAUACAAAAGUAAUGAAAUUAAUCAAUAUAAAACGAAAUCACUCAAAUUUAUGAAUUACGACAAUAAAAGCUUUUUAUAUUCUCUAAAAGCUUUGUUUCAACCAGUGUAAUGUAUUAUUUCUACUCAGCAGAAUAUCAUAAUCUUUGCAUUUGAUAAGAAUCUGAAAUGUCUUGAUUGACCAUCACUGCAAAAUUUGAGCAAAAGUACAUUUUCAAUUUUGUCUGAAACUUUUUUAUAUCGACAUGCUGGUAUACAUGUAAUCCAAUCACAUUCCCAGUUCUGUUUGAAACCUUUCUAGACUACUAGAAUAGAUUGUACUCUCUCUUUCUCUCUCUCAAUCACUGUCAAAAAUAUUGGGUUCAGACCCUUAUAGGCUUCAAAUCCUAGUCAGUAUUGAUUAGCUAUAUAUUUAUCUUUUAUAGUGGUAUUGGUGCUUAAAACAAAGAACUGAAUGUGAUUUUGAAAUGUCUAUGAAUGCAAUGUAUUAUACUGAUAUAUUACUUGUAAACCAUACUUAUAAACUGUCAUUACCUACAUAUACAUAUGUGUCAAGUCCAUGUCAAAAAUGAUUGUAUGCUUCAUGUGAUAAAUAUUGAUGUCUGUGAUACAAGAAGAUGUAUUCUAUUUCUUGUCUUCUUUUUUUUGGUUGUUCUUCUUUUCUUCUGAAUUAAACAUUGCAUGACAGCAAUUGAACAGUGAUUGAAUCAGUAUUGUAAUAAAAUAUUUAACAAAUCAUUGAAACUGAUCUACAUCACCCAUUUUUUAAAAACAGCGUUAACAUGUGUAUGUCACACCUGCAUGUAUUUACAAUGUACCAAUAUUUAUAUUGACCAAUGUUUUGCCAGUAAUAAAGUUUGCUGUUUCAUUGUA